AGGACUGGGAUCCUGGGUGGCCUUUUGUCAGUCUUUUGUGAUUCUUCACCCAGGACACUUCUUGGCUUAGUUUAUUCCUACCUAAGAGCCCACCACACACAGACUUAACUUCUUCCCCCAUAGAACACUCCGAACCUUCAUCUGUCUCUUUAGUUUUCAUAAGAAAAUGUAGGUUCCUAUAGCUGGCCUAUUUUACAGAGGAGGAAUUGGGAGAACAGGAGCCUCUAAAGAGAAAGGGAUAAUGAAGGCGUUGAGUUUUAUUCUUCAGAAUAAAGGGCUCCUUCUCAAGCCAGGUGACUGGCAUCUAAACUGUUCCACACAAGAGAGCAAAUCUCCUGCUUAUCCAGGUGUGGUCAACACAGGAGAGAGGCAGGACCAACCCUGGCUCAUCUUGUGGGCACAGACUACAGGAGAUGAUGGGUUCUUAAGAACCUCUCUGACAAGUCCCAAAACCAAAAGAUUCCCAGAGAGGGUAGUUUUUAACUCUGCCUUUUCAAACUCCAGACAAACUACUGGCAUUGGAAAAAGUUUUCCAAAGUCAACCUAUUAUUGGCUCUGAUAUUAACAGAAAAUCAGAAGUCAAGAAGAUGAAGGUAGAGAAAUUAGUCAUCACUAUUGACAUGUGCUUUGUCCAGCUAGGAGGUGAGGCACACAUAUAUGAAUAUACAUACACACAUACACACCUUUUACAUGCAUGCAUACACACACACUACAUACAUGUACAAGCACCCACACAUCCUACAAUGCAAGCAUGUAAAGACACACACUCUACACAUAUAUGUAUGGAGAGAGAGAGAGAGAGAGAGAGAGAGAGAGAGAGAGAGAGAGAGAGAGAGAAAGAGAGAGUGAGGAGAGAGAGAGAGAGAGAGAGAGAAACUUUCACAGAUAUAUAAUUCACCUGUUACCAUGAAGGGUAGUUCAUUUGACAUAUAAGUGGCAUUCCUUAGAAAAGCUGUAUGCUGUGCUUGUCAAUAUUAGCCAAGUUAGAAACACUUCACGUGGCACCCCAAAUCACUGGUCCACUUCCAAAGGGCGAGCAGUUCACUUUCAGGAAAUGGCUGACUCCUGUGGACCCAGACCAACACAAGGGCUGUUCAUUUCAACAGAUUUCAAAAUGCAAAAAGGACUGUUCCUGCCUCAAACUUUAUAACCUUUUUCCAGGUGGUCAGAGGGGUCCUGAGUGUACCUUUGCACCCAGAGGGAUGCAAUCUACUCAGCUCUGGGGGGCUACACCCACCUAGCAGACUUUUCUGAACACCCUGAUCACGCCCCUGGCUUAUGGUAGAGUACAGAAAAACAGCCAUCGACACCCUUGACCAUUUCCACUUGCCCAACACCCAGAAGCCAUUGGAAAAUGUCUUGAAAGGCCAGUGUGUGCUGCGCUGAGCCCUCUCUCUCUCUCAUUGCCUUCUCUGGGUUAGCUUCUCAGCUGCAACUGGCCACAGGCAUCAGGGGAAGAGAGCCAGGUCUGGGACAGCGGGUGGUGAGGUGGUUUCUGGUUGUUUUUAAUUCCUAGACCUUUGUCCUAGAAGCUGAAGCAGGUAGUCAGGGGACCCACUCUGUGCAGCUCUCAGUGUUGGGAUUAAGCAGGUUCCUCAGAACAAGACCCUGAGGAGAGGGCAGCCGAACCCAGCUCGAGGCGAGGCUCCGGACAGCUGGUUCUCAGAGAUAUUAAAUGUACUCAGAAGAGAGAGACCAAGAGGCAGGGGUACCUAGAAAUCACAUCUCUAAGAAUGAUUUUCAAAUGCUGUGAGCUUUAGGCUAGUAAGACAGAUAUGGGGGAAUAGCUGUUUUGUGAAAAGGAGAGUAAAUUUAUCUUUAUUUUUAUUGUCAUAAAAUACUACUAAUAUAAAAUUCACCCAUUUUAACCAUUUUAAGUACUGUCCUGGUAUUAAUCACAUUCAUGAAGUUGAGGGGCCCCUCAGGGCUACUCUUUUCUAAAGCUCCUUUGCCAUCAUCUUAAACAAGAGCUGGGUAUCCAUUAAAUGGUGAGCCCUCUUCUUCUUGUCCCAGCCACCAGCAACUUCCAUCUUGCUUUCUAACUCUAAGAAUCUGAUUCGUGUAAGUGGAAUUGUUCAUUAUUCAUCCCUUUUAAUCUAGCUUAAUCCGCUGGCCAUGAUGUCUUAGAAGCUCGUGCAUGUUGUGGCUAGUGUCAGAACCUCCUUCCCUAGGAAGGGUGAAUAGUCUUCCAGGUACAUCAGCCAUUCUGUGUAUCAACUGAUAGACAUUUGAGUCCUUCCUUGUGUGUUAUAUGAGUACUGUGAACAAUGGCAUGUGGGUAUUAUAGAUUUGUUCUUUGCCAUUUUAGGAAAAUGGAUCCCAGUGAACUGAGCAAAUGUUACAGAGGCCAACUAUGGCUUGGUAGACCCAGUUCUCGGACAGUGGAGGAGAUUCCCAUGGCCUGGAGCAUUGGGUCUAGGUGACUCUUAGGCAAGAAUUCUUUAGUAGAGACAUUCGCAUCCAGUAAAGGAGAUCCCUUCCAAUUCUAUAUUCCCAUGAUUUAAGACAGAGUUUGCAACCCCUAGAGGCCACAUAUAGAGAAAAGUGAUAGCUAUGUCAGAUGAACCUUCUAUGGGAAAGAGCUGGGAUGUCAGUAUGAGGAGUCGAAUCUACUACUGUCUCCAGGCUUAGCCUGAACUCACAGGCUGAUUACUUAGAAGUGUAGACGGAGAUUCUGCACAGGACUGAGGAGGUCUGUCCAGGGCGUGGCAGUUUCCUUGGACUGUAGCAUCCUGGGCAGGAUGCUGAGUCCGGUGUCCUUAGCACCGUCCUUCGUGUGUGUGUGUGUGUGUGUGUGUGUGUGUGUGUGUGUGUGUGUGUGUGUGUGUGUCUGCUGGGAAGAGAGCACUUUCCAGCUUUCCAGGGAGGUCCAUCCCUAACCUGAUUUCUUCCCAGGCUGUAAGAAGUCUAAGGGUGAAUGGGGACACGUGGAUGCAGGACCCCUUUGGGGAUUUCAGGAUGACUUGUCAGCCUAGGUGGGGAUGCCCUGGGCUCUCUCCAAAUUGGUUUCAUCCUGCUACUGUUGCAGGGAGGAGAAAGGGAGGGUUCUUAUCAUUAGUUGAGAAGGUCCUGCCAGAGAAUUCCAGUAUUCUGGAGUAAGUUUAAUUGAGAGUGAUUUCAUGCUGUCCUUUUUCAUGUCGAAGCCAGGGGCUUGCAUCAUAUGAUGCAAGUGAAUUCGGGGAGGUUUUUAUUUGCAUGUGAAUCAUAGCUUUUCCAGCUGAAUGUCACUUACUUGGAAUUUUCGUCUGAUUUUGUUUUUGUUUUUGUCUCUUGGUGUUUUUCCAUCAGGCUCUUGGCUAACCAGAAGAAGAAGGGAAAAAAAAAAAACCCGUAGGGAGGGCUCAGUCUGCCUGGAGCAGGGUUUGAGUUGGCAACUCCAAGGGGGAGUAUUAUGAAUGUGAAAAUAAGAAAACGGAUGCUUUAUUUUGCUUUGAGGGAGGAACCAAAGCCAAGUCAAAUCGAGAGCUCUAAUUUGGGAAUAGUGUUAUUACAGGUCAUUGGGAGUUGGGUACACGCUAAAUUGGGAGGCCAGUCACAUGAGGAGGCAGCAAAAGCUGUCACAUGGGGGACAGCCGAGGCUCAUUUACAAUGAAGUUUUAUUUUAUUUACUACGUGGUUGAAUGAAAUCUAUGGCAGAUUUGGAAACCUAAUCACCCCAGUUGUUGUUGAUCUCUCUAGCUCCUGGCCAAUAAGUUGUUUAUACCCAAGCCAGAGCUUCCCGUGUGUGUGUGUGUGUGUGUGUGUGUGUGUGUGUGUGUGUGUGUGUGUGUGCUUUCCGGGGGUUUUAUUUAGGACCUGGGAUGUGUUCCUUGAUGAGUUGAGCAGGCCAUGUGCUAAAGGUUAUAUGUCUGCUCCCCGCGUUCCUGUCUGAUUCCAAGUGGCUUGCUUCCUUUCUCUCUGAAGUCCCUUACACGUACGUCAGGGUCAACGUACCUGGAUAAUCUCUCUCUCUCUCUCUCUCUCUCUCUCUCUCUCUCUCUCUCUCUCAUACGCACACACUCACACAUACAGACACACACACACACACAUACACACACACACACACACACACACACACACACACACACACACACGGGGAUGGACAGACAGAGGGCGCACCCACACCACCUUUCAGUUUCAUUUCUGUUUCCUCAGCACUAAUGCUGCAAAUGCCAGAUUGAAUUUAAAAAAAAAAAAAAAAAGAUAAAUCCUGUCCCUGCUGUGGACAGUUAUGUUAUGAGCAAAGCUCUCUUCCUACUUCCUCCUCCCGAUUUUUUAUGUUGUUGGCAUCCAGGGUAGGACUAGGGUUGUGUGAACUAAAUUGGUGAUUCUUCUUGAAUCCAAGUUGCAUUUCCAGAUGUCUUAAUCUGGGCUCAGUUAUUGGCAUUUGAGAUAAGAUGUAAACAGCUCUAGACUAUCUAGAGCCAGCAAAUUGAUAUCCAGCGCAAACAUGUUGUGGGUCACGGUCCUAAAUGGAGUGCCUUACUAAGAGUGUGACAGUCUGCUGGUGCCACCGAAGCGUGUGGGCCAGCAAUACUUGUGAUGCCCGUUAGGAAUAGAAGGCGUGUGGAAACUUUCUAUAAUAACAGCCUGGCCCUCCAGACUGGCCUGGACAAGUGAUCAGGGACUCUGGCCGCAUCUGAAGCCGUAGUGGGGUAUAGGUGUAUGACCUUAGGCAACUUGCACGGUUCCUUGGUUUCCCAAGUGGAUUUGGAAUAGAGAAGAUAAGCUCAGGAGGUGUUUGAGAAGUGAAAUGUUAUCAGGUAAGCAGAGAGCAUGUAGAAGUUUUCUGAGAGUGCAUACCACCGUCACCCAUGUGCUGGAGCAAGCCUGGAUGGCUCUCCCCUUCUUAGCAUUGCUCCCUAUGGCUGAGGCCUCUGACAUCACAAUACUCAGGUGGCCACUCAAUAAUGACGGGCUAUCCCCACCAGACACCAGAGGAGGGGAGAAAAAGGAGGAGGACGAAGUGGAGAGGGAGGAGAUGGAGCAAUCCCUUAAGUGAUCAUUCCAUCCACGCACACAGCUUUCACCUAACAUCUGGUUCAAGUGUAAUGUUUUCAGCUCCGUAUAACCUGUACAGCGUCUGUGCCCUCCCCUUCAAACGCAGCGCAGUAUUAUGAUCCUCUAAUCAAGAGAACUGUGCUCCCCUCGCCACAUGUCUCGUGGUUCACCGGCAGACCAGUGAGUUAAUACGUCUUCACCAGACAGCUCUCCGGAGCAGCUGUUUAGAGGAAUCAUUAACCAAUGGCAACAGGAAUCCAAGGAUAAAGUGAUUUCCCUUCUGCUAACUCACCUGCCUUUGCUGAAGCCAGGAAACCUCGACGCGAAAGCAGAGUAUAUGAAACUGCUGCCCAAGAUCCUGGCACACUCUAUCGAACACAACCAGCACAUUGAGGAGAGCAGGCAGCUGCUGUCCUAUGCUUUGAUCCACCCAGCCACUUCCUUGGAAGACCGCAGCGCACUAGCCAUGUGGCUGAAUCACUUGGAGGACCGCACAUCCACCAGCUUUGGUAGCCAGAACCGAGGCCGCUCGGACUCUGUGGAUUAUGGACAGACGCAUUACUAUCACCAAAGACAGAACUCUGACGAUAAGCUCAAUGGCUGGCAGAACUCUCGGGAUUCUGGGAUUUGCAUCAGUGCCUCCAACUGGCAGGACAAGAGCCUGGGCUGUGAGAAUGGCCAUGUGCCCCUCUACUCUUCCUCGUCUGUCCCUGCCACAAUCAACACGAUUGGAACCGGCGCAAGCACGAGUACCACAGGUCCCACCUCCUCUGGUCAAUCCCUUUUUGGCAAGUCCUAUUCUGUGGUUUCAAACUCACUUGAAUUCCAGCUGUGCAGAGGGAGCCCCAUCUGGAAAUGUGGCCAUACCUGGCCAGCACCAUUUGAAGUCCCCACCAGAGUUCUCUCAGGCCAGGCACACCACAGCCCUUUGAAACGAUCUGUGUCCCUUACCCCACCCAUGAAUGUGCCAAACCAGCCUCUAGGACAUGGAUGGAUGUCUCAUGAGGACUUACGAGCUAGAGGACCUCAGUGCCUCCCAUCCGAUCAUGCCCCCCUGUCUCCACAAAGCAGUGUAGCCUCUUCAGGAAGUGGUGGGAGUGAACACUUAGAAGAUCAGACCACUGCUCGUAACACAUUCCAAGAAGAAGGUAGUGGUAUGAAAGAUGUUCCAGCUUGGUUAAAAAGCCUCCGCCUGCACAAGUACGCUGCGCUCUUCUCGCAGAUGACUUAUGAGGAAAUGAUGGCCCUCACUGAGUGUCAACUGGAGGCUCAGAAUGUUACCAAAGGCGCAAGACACAAAAUUGUAAUCAGUAUUCAGAAGCUCAAAGAAAGACAGAACCUCCUGAAGUCUUUGGAAAGGGACAUCAUCGAAGGGGGCAGCCUGCGCACCCCCCUCCAGGAGCUACAUCAGAUGAUCCUGACACCCAUCAAGGCCUACAGCUCUCCCAGUACCACCCCUGAGGUGCGCUGCCGGGAGCCCUCACUGAUGGAGAGCCCAAGCCCUGACUGCAAAGACAGCGCUGCAGCAGUCACCAGCGCCACAGCCAGUGCCUCAGCCGGUGCCAGCGGUGGACUGCAACCACCCCAGCUGAGCAGCUGCGACGGAGAGCUGGCUGUCGCCCCUCUGCCGGAGGGGGACCUCCCGGGGCAGUUCACCCGAGUCAUGGGGAAAGUGUGCACACAGCUCUUGGUCUCCAGACCCGAUGAAGAAAAUAUAAGCUCCUAUCUACAGCUCUUAGACAAGUGUCUUGUUCAUGAGGCAUUUACAGAGACACAGAAAAAAAGAUUGUUGUCAUGGAAACAGCAGGUGCAGAAGCUCUUUCGGUCUUUCCCUCGGAAAACCCUUCUAGACAUAUCAGGAUAUCGACAGCAAAGAAAUCGUGGCUUUGGGCAGUCCAACUCCCUCCCAACAGCCAGCUCUGUGGGCAGCGGCAUGGGCAGACGGAACCCACGACAGUACCAGAUCGCAUCUCGGAAUGUCCCUUCCGCCCGCCUUGGUCUCCUGGGCACCAGUGGAUUUGUCAGCUCCAACCAGCGCCACACCGCUGCCAACCCCACCAUCAUGAAACAAGGAAGACAGAACCUCUGGUUUGCCAACCCUGGGGGCAGCAACAGCAUGCCCAGCCGCACCCACAGCUCCGUCCAGAAGACCCGCUCGCUGCCCGUGCAUACUUCCCCACAAAACAUGCUGAUGUUCCAGCAACCAGAAUUUCAGCUUCCUGUGACUGAACCUGACAUCAACAAUAGGCUGGAGUCCUUGUGCCUCAGUAUGACGGAGCAUGCCCUGGGAGACGGGGUUGACCGGACCUCCACAAUCUAGAAACUGAAGAUGACAGUGACCGCGCUGGCCGUGAAAUGGACUGCUGCGGGCCCAGUGUCAGCCAUCUUCAGGGUUGCAGAGACUCUUCCAAGACACUUUGCAGCCUUUUUCCCCUGGUCCCUCGCCCAUUUUGAUUUUGUGAGAGCGUAGGUCAUCCUUGUAAACAUAUCAGUAGACCUGGGGUUGGUUAUGUUGUCAUUUGUUUCUGUCAGGGGAUGGGACGGUAUGCAGGGUGGGGAGGGGACUCUCGGGGGAAUGUGGGGCUGGGAGGGGGUGGAGGGAUGCUAGUAGCUUCCUGGAUGGAAAUGGAGUGGGGAAGAGUAUUGCUAGGUGAGAUAUGCAAGAGACACACAGGAGGGAGGUAGAAGCCCUGCCCUGGGGAGCCUUCUCAGAACCCGGCUUCACAGUCAGGCUGCAGAAGACAGCGGACACAAGCAAGGAGAGCAAGAUGGCAGCCAGCCUGUUUGUGGCUCCCCUGACCGGAUUUCCCCGAGGCCCGGCUUGAAACAACCACAAGAGAGGGCUAUAUGGCACCAAGGGCAAGAGGAAGAAAUUCCCUCCAGCAAACUUUCAGAUAAACUUUGAUUUGUGUAUUGUUUACAUAAGAAUUUUAAAGGGUACAUAAUGUGUAGAGUGUGGAUAGAACUUCUCUUCAUACUAUGGUUUUUUUUGUAAAAGACUGAUUAUUGUUAUGGAUUCAUUCUGUCUCAUCUAUUUUUAUAAUAGCAGCAGGGUUGUCUUUUAAAAAAAAAAAAAAAACGGCUGCCAAGCUCUGCUUCUUGGGAAGGUGAUUACAGUCAAGUAGGCCUCAAGUUACCGUCUUCGACCAUGAGGUGGGAGGAGUGUGUGGAUGGGUUUGAAGGAUAAGGAUGUGGCUGAGAUGAACAGAGUACUAGGUGUGGACACCAGGAUGAUGGCGCUGUGUGAUCAGUUCUGGAUUUGCUCGUAGGCUAUCUAGAGAUGAUAAACUCUGCAACCUCUUUCUGGGCUGGAUUUGCAUCCCACGCAAGACCUGUUUUUUGCUUCCCACCCUCCCCACAGGCUCCAUCCUACCAGCCCCGGUCUCCCUCCACAGACACACACGUGGAUAACAGUCCCUCUAGAGAAGGAAAGACAGGGGUUGAUGGUUUUCUUUUGCAUGAAGCCUGACACUGAAACAUCUGUGAUGGAGACUUUGCAGGAGCCUAGGCCUGGGAGUCUUAUCUCUUCUCACUCCAUCUCUGCCAAAGGAGAAUGGCCCAGCAGUAGUGUCACAGAGAGAAUGCAGAGAUGCAAUAGGUCCCCGUGGUCCAGCUCCACCAUGGGAGGAAGAGGGGACAAUGGAAACAGAAGCAGGAAAGGUUAAGUUCCUGAGAGAAGUGGUUGCUCUCUCUAUGCAUGUGAGUCAGAGAUUUGCUGUGUUGUGGGAUGGUUUAUCCAACCACGCACAGAAAAGAGAAAACCCUCACACGUACAUUACACAGUUCGAGAUUAACUGUAACACCGUGUGGGAAUAGAUCUAUUUCUUAAGGGCAACAAAGAAUAGUUCAGAAUUUAAUGCAAUGGAGGAUAUCAGAGGGAAUCCAAAAGAAAUUAUGUGCCACACUGGAGAAUUAGCUGCGUAAAUGUGACAGUAUGAGUGAGUAGCCGGAGGCAUGAUCUAGAACAUAAUAUAAGGCCUGUCUAGUAAAUGGGUAAGACAGAUUCCUCUUUAAAAAAAAAAAAAAAAGUGACAUUUAAAACCAGACCAUGCAAAUGACCUUGCCUAUGGUUAUUUUUUUUUUCAAGUUAAUGAAGUGCACACAGAUUCUAAAGGCCUUAAUAAAAAUCCACACAACUGUGUUUGCCUGUCAAGAUUACAGGUGGACAACCGAGCCGAGCCUUGGAUGCUACAACAGAGAUUUCGAAGUCCUUUUACAGUGCAGGGCCAAGGACACCUUAAGAAGGUUGAGCUUUUAGUGAUCAUGGACGACUUGGAUCAUCACCCCAAUCAGCACUUUAUAACAACACCAGAAACAAAAGAUGCAGGACACUCCUUGGGUGACCCAGUCUUGAAGAUGCAAAUUCACGUGCAGAAAGAGGCAGCAUGUUUAAUUUUUAUAUGUAGAUAGAUAGACUUUUUUUUUUUAACCAAGUGCCAUUAACAUUCAUCCCUCGUGUCCCUUUCCAAGCUCAGUGUUGGGGAAGGAGCUGGGAUGGAGGAUCCCAUGUCAGGCAGAACAGGUUAAAAUGUCGAAGGCCAAAGGGAAGGCCAGAGGGUCUGAGGAAGUGUUUGGAGGAUGCUGGAAAGGUUAACAGAGAGGAACAAUAGGACUCCUCAUCCUGUAGGAAAGAGAAGGUGUUUAAGUCCGCUACACGCAACGCACGUACCCAUAAGGUCAUGGGAUAUUCAGAAACCAGUUUGUGAACACAAUCACACGAGUGCGAAUCUUUUAAGAGGAAGAAGACCAUAGAGUAUAUUUGCAAAUCUGAAUUUCUAUUUAUUCCUUCAUUGAAUAUAGAAGCAAUGGUUAUCUGAUUAUUAGAGAUAUUAUUUUGGAUAUGUCACUUAUUAACUCGCUAUGGCUGGUACCCAUGAUAAAGUCUGUUAUUAGUAACAACAGAAUUCUUUUUUUAAAAAAAAAAAGAAAAAAAGAAAAGCUUAUUUUUCAUUGACUGUAUAGAUUUAUCUACUUAGUUGUGGUUUGCUAUGUUAGUGUUUUUAUUUUUAUUUUUUAAGUUGUGUUCUGAUGAUUUUUAAGAACCUCCCCCCCCCCACCUUGAUUUGAGUCCUGUGUUGACUACAGGUAUACAGCUCAAUUUAAAAAUCCUAAAGCAAAGAAAUUUUAUUUAUAAAAAAAAAUUUUAAAAAGAGUCGAGCAGUUGCAUGCCUGAGGCUGUGAAGUCAGGCCUUGAGCAGUGAGCUGCAGUGCCUUUUUUUGUAUUUACCCAUUGACCACCCCGCCCCAACACAGCUGUUUUAUAUUAAAUAGUAAAGGUUUGAAACUUUCCGAGUAAAGUCUAUUUCACUGCAUAGGUUCUCCCCAUCUCCACCCCACCCCACCCCCGCCCCCACCCGCACCCCAGGCGCCCUGAUUUAAGCAGCAUGUCUGCACUGUCUGAGACACAAUGCUGGUCUACAAUAUCAUGGGGUGAUGUUUUAUUGGUGCUUUUUUGUUCAUAGUGUUUUCUUACCAGAAAACAGUAGGAAGAAACACAAACUAUACAAGACACAACACGACGCUGCUGAUGGUUUGUUUUGUGUGUUCCCCACCCCCACCUGCUUUUUGAGUUUCACUUUCUUAUUACACAAAUCCAGCAAGCAAAGUAGUGGCCGGUGGGUCCCGCCUGCCUGCCUGCCUAGGGCUGCUAUUUGCAUCAAGCGCCCAGCCUGGGUUGAGCUGAAGGUCUCUUUCUGGUACCCAGGCCGGGAGCCAGCCGCAGCUGGGCCCCACCUCCCAUUCUCCCGAUGCGACACUGAGGGAAACCAGAGUUUCUUUUGAGGUGUCGCUGGCUGCCUUUUACAGAGUGGGAGUCUUCUCUGGGCCUUCCUUUCCUCUGUGCCUAGUAGCUAGCUAGCGCUGGUGCAAGGUUUGUAGAUCUGUGCACCCCAGAGCUGGGAUGAGGGCUGAGCGAGGGAGGGGAGGAAAGUGGAUUCUGUUGGGCGCCCUUCCUCUCUAGCCUGAGUGGGGAGAACCCAGGGUGCUCAGGUGUGCCUAUCAUAAACAGAACCUGCAGAAGGAUAAGUUGUACACAGAGCUGUGAUGAUAUCUGUGUUGGCUUUGUUUUUCAGUUUGUUUUUCUUUUCUUUUUUUACAACUCAUCAGAGAUGUUUGCAAAGCGACUUUUUUUUUAAUCCUUUAUCUUGACUUAAAGGUAAAUAUGUAUCCCUCUGGGAGGAGCAAAAAGAAAGCAGGAGUGUUAGUGAUGGCAAACAGGAGACUUCCUCCCUUAUUAAUAUAUAACCCUCAUGUAUUUAUGCCUAACGCAAGCUGACUUUCAAAGAGCUUCCUUUCGUUGCAUGCCCUGUGCAGGCAUCUGUAUUGUACAUGCAUGCCUUUUGUCCUGGUUUCCUGUAUAAAGUUAGUGAACAAAGAAAUAUUUUUGCCUAGUUCAUGUUGCCAAGCAAUGCAUAUUUUUUAAAUUUGUCAUACAUGGAAAGAGCAUGUUUGUUACAUGUGAAAGCUCUACUGAUGCAGAUACACUAAUGUUUGAACAUGCUGUUCUUUGCAAGUGUACAGUUUUCAAAUGUUGUUAUCAGUGACAACACCCUUGUGGUCUAAACUUGCUACAAUGUAUUUAUUAUUCAUUUCCUCCCACAGAAAUAAGAAUCAUGGCUAUAUUUCAUAUGGUUAUAUUGAGAGUGAAGGGAAAUGAUUAAUACAAGGUUUUGUAACA